UACAAACACCAGAAAUUUAUUUGUCGGACAAAGAUGGUUUGUAGUAUUGAAUAGCAGAGCCGGAGAGGUCCAUUUAUAUAUACGAAGAAGAACAAGCAGCCUAAUAAUCCAACCACGGCGAUACUACCCGAACGAUUUCGAUUAUUUCAAGGGUGCACUUUUACGGCUAACAUCAUUAGGGUUUUUACAAUUCUUUAUUUUAUCUCAAAUUUCUGAGCAUUGGAUCCGUUUUCUGCAUUUCCUGAGUGCCAACAAGCCCAAAGAUACAAGCUUUUGUUGAAUCAGCGUUUCGCGUCAGUGUAUCAACCGAUGCCAUUGUGCUGAUCGUUUCAGGGCCAGUGAUGGCGAACAAGUAUCAUUCGGGGGAUGGUAGGACCAGGAGUUCGGUGUCAAUCUUUAUAGUAGCUGGUUUGUGUUGUUUCUUCUACAUACUGGGAGCAUGGCAGAGAAGUGGGUUUGGGAAAGGGGACAGAAUAGCUAUCCGGAUGGCUGAGAGUGGAUCGGAUUGCAAUAUCCUCUCAAACCUCAAUUUUGAAACCCAUCAUGGUGGUGAAGCUGGGGUAAUCGAUGAUUCUGAUUCCAAGGUGACGGUGUACAAACCUUGUCCUUCUAAGUACACUGAUUACACCCCCUGCCAAGAUCAAAGACGUGCGAUGUCUUUCCCUAGGGAGAACAUGUUCUACCGCGAGAGACAUUGCCCUUCUCAAGAACAAAAGCUGCAUUGCCUUAUUCCGGCUCCUAAAGGAUAUGUGGCCCCGUUCCCUUGGCCAAAGAGUCGUGAUUAUGUUCCCUAUGCUAACGCUCCAUACAAAAGCUUGACUGUCGAGAAGGCCAUUCAGAACUGGAUCCAGUACGAGGGAAAUGUGUUUAGGUUUCCUGGUGGAGGAACACAGUUUCCUCAGGGAGCUGAUAAGUACAUCGACCAGCUUGCUUCUGUCAUUCCAAUUGCAAAUGGAACAGUUAGAACGGCUUUGGACACUGGUUGCGGGGUUGCUAGUUGGGGUGCAUAUCUCUGGAAACGAAAUGUCAUAGCAAUGUCGUUUGCACCAAGAGACUCACAUGAAGCCCAGGUUCAGUUUGCUCUUGAAAGGGGCGUCCCUGCUGUCAUUGGUGUUCUUGGAACAAUUAAGACCCCAUAUCCGUCAAGUGCAUUUGAUAUGGCUCAUUGUUCGCGUUGUCUUAUACCUUGGGGUGUCAAUGAUGGACUUUAUAUGAAGGAAGUCGAUCGUGUGCUUAGACCUGGGGGGUAUUGGGUGCUUUCGGGGCCUCCCAUCAAUUGGAAGACUAAUUAUAAGGCAUGGCAACGCCCAAUGGAAGAUCUCCAGGAGGAACAAAGAAAGAUUGAAGAGGUUGCUAAGCUUCUCUGCUGGGAGAAGAAGGCCGAGAUUGGUGAAAUUGCAGUAUGGCAGAAAUCAAAGGAUGUCAAUUCCUGUCAUGCUGCACAGGAAAAUUCAGGAGCCACUAUCUGUAAAUCUGAAGAUGCUGAUGAUGUCUGGUACAAGAAAAUGGAGCCAUGUAUUACUCAGACUAACAAUGGUAACAAUGAAGAACUGUCUGGGGAUCUCAGGCCGUUUCCCGAGAGGCUUAAUGCCAUUCCACCAAGAAUUGCUAGUGGUUCAAUUGCUGGAGUUUCUGUUGAGUCAUAUCACGAGGACAAUAAGCAAUGGAAAAAGCAUGUGAAUGCCUAUAGAAAGAUUAUCAAGAUUCUCGACUCUGGAAGGUAUCGCAAUAUCAUGGAUAUGAAUGCUGGCCUUGGAGGCUUUGCCGCUGCUCUUCAGUCUCCCAAAUUGUGGGUCAUGAAUGUAGUACCGACAAUUGCUGAGAAAAGCACCCUCGGUGUCAUAUUUGAGAGAGGAUUGAUUGGCAUCUAUCAUGACUGGUGUGAAGCCUUCUCUACAUAUCCAAGGACCUAUGAUCUCAUCCAUGCUAAUGGUGUUUUCAGCUUAUACAAGGAUAAGUGUAACUUCGAGGACAUCCUGUUAGAAAUGGACCGGAUCUUGAGGCCUGAAGGCGCAGUCAUAUUCCGUGACGAAGUGGAUGUGCUUGUGAAGGUGAAGAAGAUCAUCGGAGGUAUGAGGUGGGAUUCCAAAAUGAUGGAUCAUGAAGAUGGCCCCCUCAUACCUCAAAAGAUAAUGGUUGCAGUCAAGCAAUACUGGGUGGGCAACUCCACUUCUGCAUAGACUCGAUGGGCUCCAUGAUUUCAGUCACCAAUUCUUUGGUCUUGCAUACAGAUCUUGUUUCACUCUCUGAACGCAACAAUGGUGGAUGAUUAUCUUGCCGUGGAUGGCCUCAUUAUUAACCAGGAGGGUUGGUUUGUAAGUUGCAGCUUGUGAUCGAUCUUUCUGGGAAAUUUCGAGCAUGGUGUCCCUUGAAGUAGGAAAACAGAACACACCCUUAAUUUGUUAUGCUUUGUAGCUCCAGUUUUCAAGGUGUUGUGUUGUGUUGUGUUGUAGUAGAAGUUAAGCUAUGACCUUAUUGUAAUUCUUCAUGUAACAUAGUUUUGACCUAUUGUUAUAUAGUAUUAAUGUUUCAUCAA